GUGUUGGGGUUCCUGCCCGAAAAGAAGGAAGAUCUUAAUUGCUUUAUGUUAUGGGUUCUUAUGGUGUGCGUGGAAGAUAAGGAACGAACGGAGGUUCAACGGCACUUGUUGUUCGCAAUCAAAAUUGGCGGAUAAUGUUGUUUCUUUAGUGUUUGGUUGGGUGAAAUUCAGAGGAAGCUUUGAUUGGGUGAAAUUCAAAGGAAGCUUUGAUAAUUGUAAACGGAAAGAUCGGUGUAUUUCCCCUUUUAAUGUUUUGUAAUUAGUUUAUUUGUCCUUGCCUUUUCCUUUUUGGUUUUGGGCUUUUUAAUAAUAUUUUCGCGGUUUAAAAAAAAAAAUCAGGGUAUAUACUCAAAUAGCACUUCAUCUAUAGAAGGGGUUAGGGCUCUUCAGUUUCCCGCCAAAUUUAGUCCCAAAUCGGUCGAACGCACUCCAAAGCCUUAGAAAACCCUAAAAUCUACAUUUUCUAAUUCACAUUAACCAGUAAGGCACGAGAGAGAUAUGGAAAUUAAAUUGAAGUGCAGCUGCGGCGAAGCGAGUUGCCCUGAGUGGGCAAUCAUCGAAUUGCAAGGUGUUGUUGAAGUUCAACCAGCCUUCCAAGAACGCUUGCGAAAUCUCCAAAUUGGUAUUCUUUGCCGCCCUUCUUCUCAGGAAAAUUAUACCUUUACUGUUGGUUAUCAUGAAUUGUCUGGGUCAAAGAUCCCAAUGAAGAAACCAUUACUGGUAUUGAAGAAGAAGAUAAUAAAAUCGGAUAUGGAAAUAGACCAGAAAGAUGAUGAUGAUGAUGAUCUGAAUUCAUCACGGGUGGAACUAGAAGUUAUUGGUAUCAUUCGUCAAAGAAUUUUAUUCAAGACCAGACCUAAAGCUCUUAUCACCAAACCACAAUCUCCUGUGAAGAAGAAGAAAGCAACUGCAUCAGUUGCCAUUGUUGAAAAGCAAACUUGACUUGAAUGAAGAAUCUCGGACAAAUAUUUGUAUGCGAUGCUGUUCAAGAAAAGUGUGUUUUGAUCAUAGUUGUAAUAUGGUCAAAUGCCUGCAAAAUAACUCAAGUCCAAUGUUUGUUCUAUGCUUGUAAUCUAAUACAUGCCAUCUUUGAAACUGAGUUAUAUUUAUCAAUCAUUAUCUUAUCUUUCUCUUAAGGAGAAUAUAUUUUAAUUGGAA